UUUCCCCCCUUUCCAACCCGUUCCUCCCCAGCCUCUGCACCCUACCCUUAUUUCCUGUCCCUGUCGCGCCCAGGUGUUUACCUGGCACUCAGGUGAGUCGUGCGCUCCGGCGGUUUCGGUCGGAGCUGCCUGCCUCUUCCGUCAGCGCGUCCCACAAACCCAGACGGCACGGAGGGGCCCCAGGCCAAAGGCGGUGGGCCCCUGAGCCCUGACACCGCCUCGCCACUGCUGCAGGUGACCCCGGCCGGCAGCGCCGCCGUGGUCCCGGAGCGCAGCGACAUGCCCGAGCUGGUGGUAACCGCGCUGCUGGCGCCGUCGCGCCUGUCGCUGAAGCUGCUGCGCGCCUUCAUGUGGAGCCUGGUGUUCUCGGUGGCGCUGGUGGCCGCGGCGGUCUACGGCUGCAUAGCGUUCACGCACGUGCUGUGCCGGCCCCGGCGCGGCUGCUGUGGACGCCGUCGGAGCGCGUGCCCCGCCUGCCUGAGCGACCCCUCGCUGGGCGAGCAUGGUUUCCUGAACCUCCAGAGCUCGGGCCUGCGUCUGCACUAUGUCUCGGCUGGACAAGGCAACGGACCCCUCAUGCUGUUUCUGCACGGCUUCCCUGAGAACUGGUUCUCCUGGCGUUACCAGCUCCGGGAGUUCCAGAGCCGCUUUCAUGUUGUGGCUGUGGAUUUGCGAGGUUACGGCCCCUCAGAUGCACCCCGGGAUGUGGACUGCUACACGAUCGACCUGUUGCUGGUGGACAUCAAGGAUGUCAUCCUAGGCCUGGGUUACUCCAAGUGCAUCCUUGUGGCCCAUGACUGGGGUGCCCUCCUUGCCUGGCAUUUCUCCAUCUACUACCCAUCCCUGGUCGAGCGGAUGGUUGUGGUCAGUGGUGCUCCCAUGUCGGUGUACCAAGACUAUUCCCUGCACCACAUCAGCCAGUUCUUCCGUUCCCACUACAUGUUCCUGUUCCAGCUGCCCUGGCUGCCCGAGAAGCUGCUGUCUAUGUCUGACUUCCAGAUUCUGAAGACCGCCCUCACCCACCACAAGACAGGCAUCCCACGCUUGACCCCCAACGAGCUCGAGGCCUUCCUUUAUAACUUCUCUCAGCCUGGUGGCCUCACUGGGCCCCUUAACUACUACCGAAACCUCUUCAGGAACUUCCCCUUGGAACCCCAGGAGCUGGCCACACCCACAUUGCUGCUGUGGGGGGAGAAGGACACUUACUUGGAGCAGGGGCUGGUGGAAGCCAUCAGCAGCCGCUUUGUGCCAGGCCGCUUGGAGGCCCACAUCCUGCCAGGCAUGGGGCAUUGGAUCCCACAGAGCAACCCCCAGGAGAUGCACCAGUACAUGUGGGCCUUCUUGCAAGACCUGCUGGACUAGUGGCCCUUGCUGGCCUGCCCAGGAGGCAUGGAUACUCAGGAAGGAACACCCAUAUCUGCCUGUGCCUGGGAGUCCAUACAAUGUCCAUACAUGGGUGGACUCUUGAAUCGCUCAUACGUAUGGGACUCCUGGAUCUCACACAGGUGCACCUAUGGGUGCCUUGGGACACACUAACCCCUGUACUCACAGGCAUGGAUGCAUGCAUGUGUAACAAGCACUUUGACCCUGGGAACUGGGUAUACCUCUCCUCCAGUGGAGCCAGAUGCCAAG